CAACAUCUUUGCAACUUCACGCAUCUUGCUAACUUUUAUUACCAUGUGUGCUUAACCAGAUACCGGUAUUUUGGAAUGUUAAUGCCGUUUUGGAUUCGUGAUUAAACUGAAAGAUAUGAAUGAAACUACAGGGCCGCUUGAAAUGACAGAAAUAAAAGCCUCGAAUGAAGCAUUAGAGUUUCUUUCCAGCAUCGGACCUAAACAUGUAGAUCAGUGCCUGUUUGUGGACUCCAUGGUGACGGUUUCAGAAACUGGAAAAGAGCUAGGAGAGUUCUGUGUUAGUGUACAGAAGGCCAGCUACAAUGACGAACCUUGUUAUUUGGUACACGCUAAUAGCCAUGGAGCAAUCGACAACAUCCCGUGCGGCACUUCUAUUACGGCUUAUGUAUCCAGUAACCUUGACACACUCGAGGAGAAUCAUGAUGAGUAUAUGAAGCUACAGGAACACACGCUGGACAAGAAGGUACACAUAAUGAGGCAAGGCAGUCAUCUAGUGGUGAACAGAAUCAUUACAGAGAAAGAGGAAGUAAAGAAGCAAGCAUUUACAUUCCCUCUGAAUUCUCUACAAGGGUUUGUGUCUGAGGCCUCCAACCUCCUUAUCCUACGCAUUCUGGCUCAACAGAAGAAAGUUCCAAAAAAUUUGACAUUCCUUUCAUUUGAUGCUGAUACCCAGAUUGGCAUAUCAACAUAUAGGGAGCUGGAGGUCAAGAACCAAUUGAUUGGCAAAGAGAUGGUGGAGGUGUUUGGCAUUGAGAGGACUGUCUCAUCAGCGGAAAAACUCCCCGCAACCUGGCACUGCUACUUCCUGCCCGAUGGGCAUUUAGCCAGCAGAGUGCAGGUGGGCUCAUUAGUAACCAUGAACCUCCUGCAGCUACCUCCUGUAGUCAGUGAAGAUGAGGGAAAAAGCAAGUCAUUGUGUGAGAAGAAGCCGUUGGUGUGGGAAAAAGACAUUGAGCUGUAUUCAAAGUUUCUUGACAGAAAGGAAGAGCUGAAGGCUGAUCACUCCUCCUAUGUUAGACAGCACCCUGAGCUUAAAGCUCUACUGGCUGACUUCCUACAAAUGCUGUUGUUGAGAAAGCCUCAGGAUGUUUUCUCUUUUGCCCGCGACUUCUUUAUUCCUUUUGACUUGCAGUUCCCACCAGACUGCACUUUUAACUCAUCACAAAAAGUUAACAACUGCACAACAUAACAAAUGCUGCAUUGUUCACUUCGAACAUAGCAGGUGAUAGAAGGCCCUUCCUUCCUUCCUAGAAAGGGUUGUUCAACCAAUGUUACAGUUUCUGGUUAUGAGAAAUCAUUAUCAUACAAGAUAUGACUUAUCACUAUUAUUGGUCUCACACAGUUAAUUUCUUUGUUUUUAACUUUCAUCUUGGCUAUACUAGUAAGUAGUAAGUAAUUAAUUUUGUUUAAAAAAAAUACAAACAUUUUGUAACCCUAACCUUAACCCAAUUUUAUUUCAACCCCCUUUAGCUUUGAUUAUGCUUAUGCUCCCAGAACCACACUUCGACAGUUUAAGUACUAAAAUAUGCCCGUGCAAAAACAGUCUUGGUUUCUUCCCUCACAAAGUGCUGCUAAGCCUAGACUCAGAUGAGUCACAAAGACCACAUGACCGUUUUUCAUUGCUACCAUGUCUAAUGUUUAUGCUGACUUUUUUUCUGAUUAGCAUCACCAACAAGUGUUUUUUGUCUUGUGAGUUCUUGUCAAAUUUUGUGUUUGAGAAUUUUUCAUUUUUUACUAUCAAAUAUAACUGUUCUUUCUUUUGUCAAUUUUUUAUGAUUUAACUUUACCAAAAGUGAUUAAGGUUUAAAUAUUUGUCACAUGUAGCUACUGUACCUUUUUUCCUGACCACAUUACUUCUGACAGUCCACUACUAUUCUUUCAGGUUUUAAUAAUGUAACAUACAUGUUUUAUCCCAUUCCAUGUUCAGUGUUUUCUUUGCUUAAUGCAGGCUUAUAGAAUAUGCUGAGCAUUAUUUAUUUACACAACCUUCAAUCGUGGUCCAGCCGUUUGACUUGAACAAGCAGCAUUCAAGAGAGCUUGUAUUUAGACCAGUGUUUGGCAACCUUAAACACUCAAAGAGCCAUUUUGACCCGUUUCACACAGAAAAGAAUAAUAAUAAUAAUAAUUAUUAUUAUUAAUAUUAAAAUAGAAUUUUUUUCUUGCAUGCAACAAAGACAUUUAGAACUCAGGAAAAAACCGUAGGAAGAUUUCUUUCAAAUAAAAUACUCAGUGUGUAUUUGAGGAGUCCUCGUAUUUUUGAAAUAAAAAGCCGAACUUAAAUAGUCCACCUGCAGCAAACCAAAAGUGCCGUCUGUUUCUUUGUGUCGUCAUCAUCUUUAUCGCGUGCGCGUGAGCAUGCAGUCAGCUGUCAAUAUAAAUAAAAUCGGGGGUCGAAAAGCUCGAUAAAUCGCGUGACUGUGUUAUGUUCUAAAAUGCCCCCUGCCAGUGAUUGCCCCCCACGGAUUUCUAUCAAACAUUAGGCUAUAUGAUAACAUAAAUUCAUAGGUUUAUGAUAUUACUAUUAUAACGAUCUCUA